AUGAAUGAUGAUAAUUCAGAUGGCAAGACAGAAGAUGAACUGCAGUCCUUAUUUAUCAGUGAUAAAAAUGGAAACACAUAUACAUACAACCAAAAAUCACCAUGUACCCAAAACUCUUCAACCAGUAAUGUGAGUUGGAAUUCUGCCAACCCAAAUGACAUGGUGGUUGAUUAUGAAACCAACUCUGCUGUGGCCUUUGGUGAAAAUAUUUCUUUAAACCCUCAGUGUGUUGAAGUACUUGAACACCAAAAGUCUUCAAGUGACUUUGUUAGUAAGGAGAUGUUGGAUAUGCACAAGGAUUCCACAUGUCUGUCUUUUGCACAUGUUGUAAAUACAGAGGAACCCAAAGAUUUGCGUAAGAGUUGUCAUUCCCUAGAAUCAUUUCAGGACCAGAGCGUUGAGACAUCUCUGCCUUUUGUGUGGAAUCCUAACGAUGAUGAUUUGAACUGCACAGAAAACCCUACUGCCUUGGCGCUAAACCAGACAUUUGACAUGAAAGUGGAUAAUGUUAACUGUACCUUCAUAACACAUGACACCACUGGAAAGAGUCAGUCUUUGCCUACCACUGCAAGCCUGCAGCCAACCAGCAUGAGAAGUAGAAAUACAUCUUCAUCCUGUUGCAUUCCUCCAUCUUCCCAUUCUGAUAAGAUAUAUGUGAGAGAAAUGAGUUAUGAUAGAGACAGCUUUGAAAACCCUCAAGCUACAGCAUCACAGGCCCAAGACAAAACUUACACAGCAUUUUCUGACAUGGUGAUGCAAACUGAUGUGGUUCUUCCAGAUACUGAAAAUCACUGUCACUGUUCUUCAGGAAAGGUCACCAGUGAGUACCCAGAUGGGGCACAGCAAAGACUAGGCGGAGAAAAGGAGAUACAAGCUCUAACACCAGUUUCUGAUGGCAUGGAUGUUCCCAGUGGGUCUGUAUUACAAGAGUUCUUUUGUUCAUCUAAAGAUGAACCAAAUAGUGAGAGACAUUCACAGAGCUCAUAUGGGCAAAAGGAAAUGGGCCAAAAUGUAAGAGAAACAGUGUCCAAUUGUCUUAUAGAUGAUGAAUGCCCUUUACUGGUGCCAGCUUUUGAUAAAAGCAAAACCCAAGUGCUGGACCCAGAACAUCAAGUCACUGUGGCUAAAGACACACCAGUUGCCUCUAAUGAAAAGGAUUUGGGAACCCGAAAUCAUACCAUAGAAUUGAUACCGAAUAGCCCGCAAGGACAAAAGGUGGCUUCAUCAUUUGAACUGACUUGGGAUGCAGAUGAUAUGGUCAUUAGUACAAAUAACAUAGUUUGCAUGUCCACGCCAGUCCUAGAACCCACAAACGCAACCUUUUCUAUCUCACCUAUUGAAGCGACGGAGAAAUGGAGUAAAGUGCAGAAGAGUAAUCGAGAGCUUAGACGUUUACCAAACUUGAAGGGGGCACCGAUGAACAUGUCUAAACCUAAUCUAGGAAAAUCAACCACCAAAACGAAUAGCCCCCUAGGCAGCAAAUUUAGAAAAGCUGAAAUUAUAAGUUACCCAAGACCAAACUUCAAGAAUGUCAAAGCCAAAGUUGUAUCCAGACCAGUGCUACCGUCCAAGGACCCUGCUCUAUCAAAGGCUGCACCCCGACCUCAGUUAACUGGGGCCUCAUCACCCUCAUCAGUGUCUUCCUCAAGACCGUCGACAGCUUUGAGAAAAACACCAACAUCUGACUUGAAUGCAGACACAAAAGCAGAAAUCCUAAAUAACAAGACACAUAAGCAGCAAUUUAAUAAACUCAUUACGAGCCAGGCUGUGCAUGUUACAACUCAUUCUAAAAAUGCUUCACACAAAGUUCUAAGAACAACAUCUGCCAUGAAAUCGAAUCAGGAAGAUGUUGACAAAGCAAGUUCUUCCAAUUCAGCAUGUGAGACUGGGUCCGUGGCUGCAGUUUUUCAGAAGAUCAAAGGUGAACUCCCUAUUAAAAUGGAAAGCACAGAAUGUUUGCAAAUGUCCUAUGCUUCCAACAUCGAUAGGAAUAGCCCUGAAAACAAGGGUGAAAAAGAAAAUGGGACACCGAUGGCCAAACAAGAGCUAAAAAAAGAAAUUAUGAAUGAGACCUUUGACUAUAGUUCUCUGUUUUUGGGUUCUGCUUCAAAAACUGCAACCAUCUCAGGUAGGAGUCUAGCCAAGCCCAACUGCUCCAUUUUGAGGAAAACACCUGGUCCGAAAGCCAAAGUGGGACCUUCUGUUUCCUGUUUGAGGCGGAAUAGUGACAGUAGAAAUCUCAACUCUGAUCGAGCCGUAUCUCCCCAGAGGAUAAGGCGUGUGUCCAGUUCUGGAAAACCUGCAUCCUUGAAAACUGCACAGCCGUCUUGGGUGAAUUCGCCUAGACCACUUCCUAAAUCCAAAGCAUCUCUGAAAAGUUCUGCGCUGCGGAGGACGGGAAGCACCUCCUCUGUUGCCAGCACCCACACUGAUCUGAGCAUUUACAGCAAUAACUCUGGUAAUAACGCUGUCAUCAAAUAUGAGGAAAAACCUCCAAAACCAGCAUUUCAAAAUGGUUCCUCAGGAUCCUUAUAUUUGAAGCCUUUGGUACCCCGAGCUCAUGUGCACUUACUAAAAACUCCUCCAAAAGGUCCUUCAAGAAAAGGUCUAUAUACAGCUUUGAAUGUGGUUGAAAAGGGCAGACAGAAGAGUCCCAGAAGUUUAUGUAUCCAGACCCAGACAUCUCCAGAUGUGCUCUCCUCAGAAAAAACACUUGAGUUGGCUCAGUAUAAAACAAAAUGUGAAAACCAAAGUGGAUUUAUCCUGCAGCUCAAGCAGCUUCUUUCCCGUGGUAAUACCAAGUUUGAAGCAUUAACAGUUGUGAUUCAGCACCUCCUGUCUGAGCGGGAGGAAGCAUUGAAACAACACAAAACCCUAUCUCAAGAACUUGUUAACCUCCGGGGAGAGCUAGUCACUGCUUCAACCACCUGUGAGAAGUUAGAAAAAGCCAGGAAUGAGUUGCAAAUAGCUUAUGAAGGAUUUGUCCAGAAGCUAAACCAGCAGCACCAGACUGAUCUAACAGAGCUGGAGAAUCGGCUUAAAGAAUUUUACACCGGGGAGUGUGAAAAGCUUCAGAAUAUCUACAUCGAAGAAGCAGAGAAGUACAAAACUCAGUUACAGGAGCAGUUUGACAACUUAAGUGCUGCCCAUGAAACCUCAAAGUUGGAAAUUGAAGCAAGCCACUCAGAGAAAAUAGACUUGCUAAAGAAGGCCUAUGAAACCUCCCUUUCAGAGAUCAAGAAAAGCCAUGAAAUGGAAAAGAAAUCACUUGAGGAUUUGCUUUAUGAGAAGCAGGAAUCACUAGAGAAACAAAUCAAUGGUUUGAAGAGUGAAAAUGACACUUUAAAUGAAAAGUUGAAAUCAGAAGAACAAAAAAGAAUAUCAAGAGAGAAAGCAAAUUUAAAAAACCCUCAGAUCAUGUAUCUGGAGCAAGAGUUAGAAAGCCUGAAAGCUGUUUUAGACAUCAAGAAUGAGAAGCUGCACCAACAGGACAUCAAGUUAAUGAAAAUGGAGAAACUGGUGGACAACAACACAGCACUGGUGGACAAACUGAAGCGAUUCCAGCAGGAGAAUGAAGAAUUAAAAGCUCGGAUGGACAAGCACAUGGCAAUUUCAAGGCAACUUUCCACAGAGCAGGCCGUCUUGCAGGAGUCGCUGGAGAAGGAGUCCAAAGUCAACAAGCGCCUCUCCAUGGAGAACGAGGAGCUGCUGUGGAAGCUGCACAACGGGGACCUGUGCAGCCCCAAGAGGUCCCCCACGUCACCCGCCAUCCCCUUCCAGUCGCCGCGGAACUCCGGCUCCUUCCCCAGCCCCAGCAUCUCGCCCAGAUGACCUUCC